AUGUCUCGUGUAUCAAAGGUUGCCUCUUUCCUUGCGCUGGCCUCAACAAGUCUGGCGCAACUCCCAAGUAUUCAGCCAUUUACUGUUACUGGAUCUCUUGAUGGUUGUGCGUCCACGGGCUCAGAAUACAAUGCUGGUGGUAGUGUCUCGGUCAACAACUUUGCAAUCGAAGUACCGAAAAAUCUCAUCGUUCAGUUCCCGGUAGUAUGGGCACCGUUCCGAGAGCUUUGUGAUGCUGGAGCCUUUGGUUUCGAGACUACAGUUGUUGGCAAUAUUGUCGACGGCAAAAUAAUUGCCGGCCAGAUCUCAGUCGCUCAACGCUUCGGUCUCGAGGGAAGCCAAGGCUAUAUCUCAAAGAUCAACGACGACGGUACGCUCCAGAUAGCUAGUGGGCCGACAGUCCGCAUCAACGAUCCAGAUGGCUUGUUCGGACCACAGUACGACUCGCAAAAGUACUGGAUCGCUGAUACAGCCAACCCUUCGGUAUCAUCUUUCUCAGGCUUCCCCAUGUGCAUACCGUACUCUGGAAACACCGCAAAGUGCUCGAGCUCCAAUCGCCCUUCCGGCCAAACAUUCACACCACAAGACCCCCUUGCCAUGGUACCUCUCAAGGUCGGCGAUUUCAUCGAAUACUCUGGUCUCAAGAACGGUGGUGGCGAGAUCCUCGCUUCGUCUAUUGUUUGCAUCAGCUUGCACAUUACCACUCAAGCUGGCGCGGACGUACCCAACUACAUUCGGGUUGAGGACUUUCUUGUUGGCGUACCAGACAACUCUGCGAAUGUAGAGUUUGCUGAUAUCCGUGCCAUCGGUUUCCUCUCCAGCUGUGCUGGUGCUACAGUUACCAUCAGUGCCAUUGAUGUCGACCCUUGUACGGGAAAGGAAACCUAUCGAACCAUCGGUACAACCCAGCCGAAGCAAGAAACUCGUUGCAAGUGGGAGGCUCGCAUCGCUCCGCAAGCUCAAGCUCCUUUCACCCGUGAGUACCGUAUCACGACCAACAGUCCAGUCCAGACGACCAAAGAUGGCAUCAAGGCAGGACAGUUUAUCGCAGCUGUUAGCGAGUGGAUCUUUCCCGAAGUUGAUGUCCCCGGAACAAACCCACCGCCGUACCCGUUCAAUGACAUCAGAGGCCUGGUACAAGGAGACUUCCUCGACGGCAAACAGUAUGGUCCUCUCUCGCCCUUCCCAGGCCCGACUCCACCAGCGCCAUCCAAGACCUGCAGUCCCGCAGAUAUCCCAGAUCCGAAUGCCACACCCACACCCACACCCUCACCUUCUCCCAACCCAGAAACACCUUCUGAACCAUCCACACCCCAGACCGCGCCAAUUGCUUCCAUUGCCACUUUUGCAUCUGCGCUCCGUGUUGGCACAGAUGUCACACUACUCGGCUCCAACACUGCCUCUGGCCUCAAAGACACUGAUCUGAACUUUGCCUGGACCAAGACCACACCCUCCAGCCCGGCCAUUAGCAUAAUCAAUGCCAACAGCCCCAGCGCCACAUUCCUCGCACCGAAAGUUACAACAGAAACCUCCUUCACCUUCGAACUGACCAUUACCUCCAAAACCGACACUACGAAAUCUAGCAAAGCAACUGUCACUGUCAAGAUCAACCCCACGCUCGCUGACACUGUCACUAUGGAUACCUACACAUGGGAGUCACGGCAAUCAGGCAGUAUAACCGCGUCUUGUACUUCCAAUGUCAAGAACGGGGAUAACAAGAGUAUGACGCUGCUUCUUAAUGGAACAACAAGACGCACCAUGGUGGCCGUGAGUGGGCAGCCGGGAAAAUGGACGUACAGUGCUAGGGACACGGCAAGGCCGACUAAUGUCAAGUGCGUGAGUGAUUUGAAGGGAGAGAGUGCGCUUAGGGCGGGGACUGCUACAACGAGGAAGAGGAGAGCUUUUAUCGCCUAA